AUUUAAUCGGGAAAGGGCAAAGUACCAACGAACACAAAACGCAGGUUUUUUGUUGGGCGUCGUUUGACGUUAAUGGUGUCGUCGUCGCGGUAACUACAUAAUACAUGCUACAGCACAUGAUAUAUGCGCACAAUCCAGCAAUACCUCUUCGCUUCCUGCUAGUGUGCACCCUUGUUGCCUUGCGUGCGCCUGUCGCGCACCCUCCUAUCGUGCGCACCCCCUCCCCCUGCCCUCCUCACGAGACAGAGUCUCCCCCUACCGCCAAAGCCACUCAUCAGAUCUCGGCUUCUGAUAAUCUCGGAGGAGCAGCCAUGUCCAAAGCUCGUGUCUACGCUGACGUCAAUGUCAUCCGCCCUAAAGAGUACUGGGACUACGAGUCCCUCACCGUUCAAUGGGGUGAUCAAGAUGAUUAUGAAGUUGUACGGAAAGUAGGAAGGGGAAAAUACAGCGAGGUCUUCGAAGGCAUAAAUGUCAAUACGAAUGAGCGCUGCAUAAUCAAGAUCCUCAAGCCUGUUAAGAAGAAGAAGAUUAAGAGAGAGAUUAAAAUUCUCCAGAACCUUUGUGGGGGACCGAAUGUCGUCAAGCUUCUUGACAUUGUCCGAGAUCAGCACUCAAAAACUCCAAGCUUGAUAUUUGAGUUUGUGAACAGUACUGAUUUCAAAGUUUUGUACCCCACACUGACUGAUUAUGACAUACGCUACUACAUAUAUGAGCUUCUCAAGGCAUUAGAUUACUGCCAUUCACAAGGAAUAAUGCAUAGAGAUGUCAAGCCUCACAAUGUUAUGAUAGACCAUGAAUUGCGAAAACUUCGCUUGAUAGACUGGGGACUUGCUGAAUUUUACCACCCUGGAAAGGAAUAUAAUGUCCGGGUAGCUUCAAGAUACUUUAAAGGUCCUGAACUUCUAGUCGAUUUGCAAGAUUACGACUAUUCUCUGGACAUGUGGAGCCUGGGUUGUAUGUUUGCUGGAAUGAUAUUUCGCAAGGAACCUUUCUUUUAUGGCCAUGACAACCAUGACCAGCUGGUCAAAAUUGCCAAGGUACUUGGGACUGAUGAGUUGAAUGCAUAUCUGAACAAGUACCAUUUAGAGCUUGAUCCUCAACUUGAUGCACUUGUGGGGAGGCACAGCAGGAAGCCCUGGUCGAAGUUUAUUAAUGCAGAUAAUCAGCAUCUAGUUUCUCCAGAGGCCAUCGAUUUUCUGGAUAAACUUCUUCGGUAUGAUCAUCAAGACAGGCUAACUGCAAAAGAGGCAAUGGGCCAUCCAUAUUUCUCCCAAGUGAGGGCAGCAGAAAGCAGCAGGAUGCGGACGUAAGAGCUUUGAUAAUAUAAUGCCCCAUAUGUAGACUAGAAUUUGUGUUAUUUGGGAGUGUGUUAUUUUCUUGGAAACUCUGGCUGCCUUUGGCAAUUGUUGUAAGUUUAAUAUUGUUGAAUGGGAUUUUAUAGUAUGGUUGUCAAGUUAAUGACUUUGUUGGAUAGAAGAUUAAUUAUCUAAAGCAUGAUUUCCGUGAAUA